UUUUUUUUUUUUUUUAAACAAAAAAAGUGCGCGGCCAACAAAAAUGUAUGAAUGAAUUUUUAGCGCGUUUUCAAAUAGAAGCAGUCAAAAACAAACAUCAAAAACAAGGAAAAGAUUGUUGAGCAACGGAGCCACUCGAUUCGUCCACGAUGCUGCCGCAGCAAUAUUGCCUGCGCUGGAAGUACCAUCAUAGCAAUCUGCAGACGAUGUUCUCGCAGCUGCUGGAUCGCGGCUGUUUCUGCGAUGUGACGCUCGCCUGCGAGGGCCAAUUGAUAAGGGCGCAUCGCGUGGUGCUUUGUGCGUGCAGCACCUUCUUCGACUCGGUGCUAUCGAACUAUGCCAGCGAACGUGAUCCGAUUAUCAUCAUGAAGGACGUCACAUUCGCUGAGGUCAAGUGCCUCAUCGAGUUCAUGUACAAGGGCGAGAUCAAUGUGGAGCAUGCUAGCUUGCCCUCGUUGCUGAAGACCGCUGACGAUCUGAAGAUCAAGGGCCUCGCCGAGGUUACCUGGCGGGAUGAUGACGAUGGCCCGCCGCCUCCGAUGCCAGCCGCUGAGUUCCAUUCGCCUCCACGCAGUCUGGCCGAGAGUUAUGCCCACGAUCUGGUCCAUCAGCAGGCGCCGCAUCUGCAGGCCCAGCACUCGCUGGCGCACAGUGAUCGGGAACGUGAACGUGAACGUGAGCGUGAUCGCGAACGCCAUUCGCCAGCGGGUCUGGAUAGUGUCCUGGGCAUAAAUGCCGGCGCUCGCUUGCCCGACUUGACGCCCCUGCCCAGUGCCAGCGCUGGCUUGGAUUGCCCAGCACCCGUCUCAGAUCCGUUUCUGGGACCCAAACGCAAACGAGGACGACCUCCCCUGGAUGACACAUACGAUGUAUUUAAUGUUCGCAAACUGGCGCAAUAUGCGGCCAACUUGGAGCCCGCACAGCGCGCUUAUUUGGAGUCGACGCGUCCCUUCGCUGAGGAAACGUUGCCGGCUGCACAUUCCGCCGCAUUGGCAUCGCCGCCUGCCGCCUGCCCGCCCAAGCAGCGCCAGCGUCUGCGUCAGCAACAGCAGCAGCAGCAGCAACAGUCGACGCCAGCACAAAUGGAGUUGGGGGAGCGGGAAUUGGAUGCGACACAGGAGUGGGCCAAAGAGUCAAGCCCCAAGCUUAGCGAUGUGCAGCUAAAGGCAGAGCUGGAGCUGAGCAACGAUGCGAGCAGUGUGCAGACAACAGCAGCAGCAGCAGCAACAGCGGCAGCGGCGGCGGUGCCAGCUGUGCCGCUCUCCAACUCGGCCAAGAAGCUGGCCGACAAGCCGGUCGAGCGGCGCGAACGACAUGGCAAGUUGCGUCAUGCCACGCGUCGCCUCUAUGGCGAACGGGAAAAGUCCGCCGAGAAGAAGCGCUCAACAGCAGCGGCGAGCGAGUCGCCUGCAGUGGAUCAGCUGACGCCGGCCGAGCCGGGUGAGGUGCGGGCGGCCGUUGCCGUUGCCGAUGCUGACGCCGACGUCGACGCCAACGCCAAUGCCAAUGCCAAUGCCAACGCUGACGCUGACGCCUUGCCAAAGCCCGUCGAGGAGAUUGAGAAUGAGCAUUUGGUGGCAAAUCGAGCCGAGUCGCCGGCCCUGCUGCCAGCUGCCAGCUUCGGUGGCAAAUACUUGAUCAACGAUCAUGGCAUGCUAAUGGCCCACGAUUUUGCGCCCAAUGCUGUGGCCAGUGCCGCAGUUGCGGCUGCAGCAGCGGCGGCAGCUGUUGCCGUUGCCACAGCCAAUGGCGGUGGCAACAGCAAUGCAACAGCGAGUGCCGUCGAGCAUGGCGGCGACUAUGCCGAGGUCAAGCUGGAGGAUUACGAUGCCGCCGAAUUGCGGCUAACCAAUGAGGAGCUCACCCAAUGGCAGGAUGUUAUCAAAAUGGACGAUUAUUUGGCCAAGGGGCGACGUCCACAGUUCUGGGAGGAGCCAUUCACCAAGCGCGUACUCGAUGCCAUCAAAAACAAAAGACUUGAAAUGAAGAAGGCGGCUCGCAUCUUGGGCGUCUCCUAUGGCACGCUCUACGGUCGCUAUCGCGAGGUCUACGGCUGUCUAAAGCAUCCGUAUAGCGGCACCACUUUUCGCAAUUCCGUCGCCUCCUCCGCAGGCAGCCAGCUGUCGGUGCAGCCGCGGUUCGAUCUGAGUUUCCGUAGCAGCAGCGUUUUACCCACCCAACUGGAGCUGGGCAAGCUGCGGCAAAAGGAUCUCAGCGAACUCUGGACGCGUCCGCAGAUAUGAAAGCCAACGAAAAUGUUGAAAAAUCUCAAACGUCGACCCAGAUUGAUCUAAACUUAGUGUUAAGCACAAUUUCGUUAGGCUAACAUAUUUAUGGUCUAUAUACCCACAAAACAAACAAACAACAAAAAACAUUCAACAAAAAGACAGUUAAGUUAAGCG